AUGGCGUCGAGUGCCACAAAGUGUUUUCUAACAGUGACUAGGCAAUACAGUGCUAGUGUUGAUAAAAAUGUGGGCUUCCUGGGACUUGGGAACAUGGGAUGCUUUAUGGCCGCUAACCUCGUCAAAAAGGGCUUCACAGUACGUGGUUACGAUCCAUCUUCAGAUGCUGUUAAAGCAGCUGCAAAAGAGGGAGUUAAAGAAGCUAAGAGUGUCGCAGAUGCAGUUGACGGUGUUGAUGUUGUUGUGUCAAUCCUGCCUAGCAACAAGAUUGUGCUGGACGCAUACCUUGGCAAGGAUGGUGUUAUUGAAAGAAGCCGCAAAGGUGCUUUGCUCAUCGACUCUAGUACAGUGGACCCAAACGUACCUAAACAAAUACACCCCGUCGCAGUAAAGAAUGGCAAAAGUUUUACUGACUCCCCCGUUUCUGGAGGUGUGAUGGGUGCCCAAAACGCAACCCUCGCCUUUAUGGUUGGUGGAAGCAAGGAGGACUUUGAACGAGGUUUACCCCUUUACAAGGCAAUGGGUGCUAAGCAGUACCAUUGUGGAAAGACAGGGUGUGGCCAGAUCGCCAAACUCACUAACAACAUGAUUUUGGGAAUUGUUGGUGUCGGUACUUCUGAGUGUAUGAAUAUGGGUAUUAAAGCUGGUCUUGAUCCCAAAGUUCUUCUGGACGUUCUAAACAACUCUACGGGUCGUUCGUGGACUACUGAGGUCUGCUGUCCUGUUCCCGGACUCAUUCCUACUGCUCCUUCAAGCAGAGACUACGAAAAUGGAUUUAAAAUUGAGCUCAUUACAAAGGACCUGGAACUCGGAUGUGGGCUGGCUCUCGGUGUCCGCUCUCCAAUUCCCCUCGGCGCCCUCACUACUCAGAUUUACCGCAUUGCUCAAUCCCGUGGCUACGGACAGAAGGACUUCACUUACAUAUAUGAACUCUUGAAAGAGGACACAGAAAAGAAGCAAUAA